GUUUUGUUCCCGCCCUGUUGACUUCCGCCUGUCGGGUUAUUCCCGAGACUCAGUCAGGAUGGCUGCUGGGAUGGCUGUGUCUCGCGUACUCCGCGACCUGCUGACGCGACGGCUGGCAGCCCCAACCCAGCUGGGCUUCAACCUCAGCGUUCGCCCCCUGAGCUCCUCAGGACAGGAGAAGACCUCUCUAGCAGCCCCCUUGGAAGCCUCAGAUUACAACUAUGAGUCCCUUCAGGUGACAUCUGCCCACACACACGUUCUCCACGUGCAACUAAACCGGCCUGAAAAGAGGAAUGCCAUGAACAAGGCCUUUUGGAGGGAGAUGGUGGAAUGCUUUGAGAAGAUUGCAUGUGACCCUAACUGUCGAGCUGUGGUGAUCUCGGGUGCAGGAAAAAUGUUCACCUCAGGUAUUGAUCUCGUGGACAUGGCUUCGGGUCUCCUACAGCCCAAAGGAGAUGAUGCAGCCCGUAUCAGCUGGUACCUCCGUGAUCUUAUCACCAGGUACCAGAAAACCUUCAGCGUCAUUGAGAAGUGCCCCAAGCCUGUGAUUGCUGCUAUCCACGGGGGAUGCAUUGGUGCCGGUGUGGAUCUCAUCACUGCCUGUGACAUCCGGUACUGUGCCCAGGAUGCUAUCUUCCAGGUCAAGGAGGUGGACGUGGGCCUGGCCGCUGAUGUGGGGACGCUGCAGCGGCUCCCCAAGGUCAUCGGGAACCAGAGCCUGGUCAACGAGCUGGCCCUAACCGCCCGCAAGAUGAUGGCCGACGAGGCGCUGAGCAGCGGGCUGGUCAGCCGCGUGUUCCCAGACAAGGAGCCCAUGCUGGACGCCGCCAUCGCCCUGGCGGUCGAGAUAUCCAGCAAGAGCCCGGUGGCCGUGCAGAGCACUAAGAUCAACCUGCUCUACUCCCGCGACCAUCCAGUGGACCAGGCCCUAGACUACAUGGCCUCCUGGAACAUGAGCAUGCUACAGACCCAGGACAUCGUCAAGUCCGUCCAGGCCGCCAUGGAGAAGAAGGACAUGAAAAGUGUCACCUUCUCCAAGCUCUGAGGGCCUUGGGGACACAUGCUCUGGCCCAAGGCCAGGCCUGUGCCACCUCGCGCCUGUCUGGUUUUCUAGAGAAGAAGGAUCGGUCGAGGUGGGCCUCUAGUGCCUUCUCACGCAGCCUCCGGGUUUAUUGCUUUAUGACACGGUUCCUUGCCUUAUUUCAAUGCCAAGAAUAAAGUUCGGG